AUGAAUAUUGUCAACGAUCUUCGUGGAAGGAAUCUUUCAAGUCUCUCAUGUCCGUGCUCAAAAGUAGCUAUUCCCUAUUCGCAAAUUUUAUCAAUAAAACCAGAAUAUCAUUCAAUAUGUUCAAGUGAAUAUGUUUCUUUAUCAUACAUCAUUGAUGUAAGAAAAAAAAAGGAUAAUAUAUCAGCAGCAUUAGGUGCUCAUUAUCGUUUACUGUCCUCAUUAUGUCAAUCAUCUCAUCGUUUUAUUGAAAAUGCUAGAGAAGUGUUUGAUACUUUUGAACUAAUCAGCGUAGAAACAUUAACCCGUUCUUCAUUUGAUAUUCAAAUACAAUCGUUAAUUUCAACAUUUAUUUCUCAAAUUCCAGCUAAUUACCGUCGUACUCUUUCAUUUAUUGUCGGUUCAUUUCGUGUUAAUCAAUUAUUACAUCGUUUCAGAACUAAUUGGCUAAUUGAUCUUACUGAUGAAAAUGAACAAUAUAUAUUGAAAACAUUUCCACGCAAUUUUUCAUCAUCGAAUUGUAGUUGUGCAAUCUCAUCAAAUUGUAGUGAACCAUUAACCGGUGAUAUUGUUACUGGUUGUUUUCCAUAUGAUGGAUUUCGUUUGUCGAAAUUUGAAAAUUUUUCAUUACAAAAAUUAAAUGAUGAAUUAUUUGUAGAAACAUGGAAAAAUACAAGUAAUUAUACAAAUUAUUUUGAAACAUGUAGUCCAUUACAAUGUCAAUAUAUAUUACCAGAUAGAAAUAAUCCUGUAAUUAUGUUAACAAAUAUUUUGGGUUUGUAUGGAGGUUUAACAUAUAGUUUACGUUUGAUUAUUGGUGAAUCGUUACUUGCUUAUCGAUGGUGGAUACAACACGUAACGAAAAUACCAGAUAUAAAUGAAAUUAGUUGA